CGGCACUUCCUGCUCGCGCAGGUGUCUCGGUAUCGGACACACCUGAAGCUCCGGAUCCGACCGCCGCGGUUUUACUCGGAAUCGACGCGUUUCCAUCGAAACUCGGCUCGAAACGACGACUGAAGCACGACAGGGUCUCGGAGGAGACGGACGCCCGCUGGAGAGAUUGGUCUUGAAUCGUUUGUCGUCGGUUCGGAGGAUGUCUCCGGCUCGGUUCUUCUGGUCGGCGGUGGUCCUGCUCGUCUGUCUCCGAGCGGAUCUGUCGGAGGCUCAGGACGACGGGAAGUGCAUGGAUCGGUUCAGCGUCGGGAAAGAGGAUUUCGUGCUGGACGUAGAUGAUUCGGUGAAGGACGGCGCCACGUUCUUGAGCUCUCCUCAAGCGUCUCGGCCCGCGGACUGCGUUCUGGCCUGCUGCAAUGAUCCGAACUGCAACCUGGUUCUGAUCGAGCACGGAGAAGACCCCAAGAGCAUCAGCUCGUGCUUCAUCUUCAACUGCUUGUACAAGCAGAAGAAAGUCUGUCACUUCGUGAGGAAGAAGGGCUUCAGCAACUACGUUCUGAAAUCCGUCUUUGAAGAUUACGUCGACGUAAAAAAAACAGAUCACGUUGUGCAACAGGUUCAAGACGUGGAGGACAAGCCUCCGGUGGCCGUGGCCGGGCAGGACCGAGUCGUUCAGCCCCAAGAAGAAGUCGUCCUGAACGGCAUUGAGAGCAAAGAUGAUAAAAAGAUCGUCAAGUAUGAGUGGGAGAAGGUGUCUGGAGAUCCGUCGGCCGUUAUCAGGGAGGGGCCGUUUAACGAUUCGGUGACCGUCUCCAAUCUUUCCCCCGGGAUGUAUAAGUUCAGGCUCACGGUGACGGAUAACGCCGGGCAGACGGGAGCGGCCGAGGUGUCCGUUCUGGUCCUGACACCAGAGCAGUCGCUCCAUCACUGUCUGGUGCCGAAGAAGGAGGGUCCGUGUCGAGGCUCUUUUCCUCGCUGGCAUUACAACGCCGUCACGGAAAAAUGCGAGACGUUCAAAUACGGAGGCUGCAAACCAAACCGCAACAACUACCUGGCGCUCAAUGAAUGUCAGAACGCCUGCGACAAAGUUUCAGCGUUGGCUAAGCCCCCGUCUGGACGGCUCGGCCCGGUCCACGAUCACCGUGAGCAGUGCGACACGGCCUGCGGUCCGGAUCAUUUCUCCUGCUCAAAUAAAUGCUGCAUCGACAAAGAGUUGGAGUGUGACGGGGAGACGCAGUGCACCGACGGGUCGGACGAGGCUGAAUGCUCCAGAUUGAACAAAAAGUUCAGUCGAUUGCUGGAUAUUCCUGUGGACAAAAGCAAAGCUCAGUGCGUGGAGCCGCCGCUGACGGGACCCUGUCGCGCAAGUCUUACGAACUUUUACUACAGUCCGUACGAACGCCGCUGUUACCCCUUCAACUACGGCGGCUGUAACGGGAACGAAAACCGCUUUGAAACGGCGGAGAUGUGCAAGCAGUCGUGCGCUGGAGUGACUGAGUCGGACGUGUUUGCCAGACGAGCUCAGUUUGAGAAGCAAGAAAGCAAGAACGACACGGCUGCCAUCGCGAUCGCCGUCAUUCUGGGCUUAGCCAUCAUCGUCCUGCUGGUCGUCAUCGCCUGCUGCCUCCUGAAGGGGAAGAAGCGCAGGAACAAACAUCAGCACGUGGCCGUCAACGGCGGUCACGUUCACACCUACGAGGAUUCGGAGAAACUCGUCUACAACAGCACGACCAAACCCGUCUGAGCCGUGUGGAAAAAAUCAUUUUGUAUAUGCAAUGUUUGAUUUCUUCAGUGGUUUGUUCGGAGGAGACAGGCUGGUAACUGUGCAGAGAGGUCGUUUGACUCGAUUAUUUUAAGUUUGAAACCGCUUUUUUCUUAUUUCUGUCUUUUAUGUGUUGGCUUCUUGGAUUCUGCUCAGGGGUGAAUAUGUUGCAAUAGCGAAUGAUAAAUCCGGUUUUUAACGAGCACGAAAAAACGAAAACAAGAUUGAACCAUGUGCUUUAAUUUUUGCGGAGACUGGAUUUUGUUUCGUUGAGUUUUUAUUUGAAAUGCUGCCUCUCAUCGGUUAAUUUUAAAGACGUGUGAACAUACUAUCUAGAAAUUACUUUUAUAUUUUAGUUUGAGAUAUGAGAUAUUGAUUUAUGGCUGUUUGUGUAAACUCGUUUUUGUUUUUUUCCCCCUAUUAGCUACAUUACCAGUUUUAUUUUGCUUUUUUAAAAUGUUAUUUUUUAUUAUUAUAUAGUGUUUUAUUAUUUAUUUUUCUUUCGUAAGCUGAUGUUUUACAUUCAGAAAUGACAUUUAUGGUGAAAAAUCAUAUCCCCACAAUGCAAAUUUGUACAUAGACUUUUUUUUGUGUAUCUAAAACUUGCCUGAUGUCUAAACUAUUAGUCCUGGACAGUAUCAAUAAAACUAAUAUGUACA